AUGAGUCAAUCAAAUUCUUGUCUUUUUCUUCGAGUGCGUGUGUUUAUAACGGUUCCACAAUAUAUACCUGCAGCGACAGCGCUCGUUGUUUUAUAUUUUCAUCGAGCAACAUUUUGGGAUCCACGUUUUACUGAUGAAACAAUUGCAUUUUUACAACUGGCUUCGCGAAAUGCUUCAUCUCAGGAAAUACCGAUUACUGUCUAUACGCCAAUAGAUGCUAAUAAAGAGAAAUUGGGUGUUUAUUUUCAUGGUGGAGGUUGGGUCAUUGGCAGUCGAAAAUCUCAUCAAACAAUUGUUAAUACCAUUGCUGAUGCUACAAAAACAAUUUGGAUUUCUGUAGAAUAUCGUCUCGCACCCGAACAUAAAUAUCCAGUUUGGCUUGAUGAUUGUUGUGAUGUUACUCAAUAUAUCAUACAGAACAAAACAAAUUUUGGUGUGAAUGAAACUGCUAAAAUCGGUGUUGCUGGUGAUAGUGCUGGCGGAAUGAUCGCAUCGUCAGUCGCUCGUACAAUUGAAGGCAUUGAUUUUCAAAUUCUAAUUUAUGCAGGAUUAGAUAUUACUCGUGAAACACCAUCUUAUAAUGAAUUUACUCAUCAAAUGUAUGUUCUUACACCUGAAUUAAUGGAUUGGCUUAAAGAACAUGCAUUUGAAACUUCGCAAGACUUGAAAGAUCCACGAAUAUCUGCUUUACAUAAUACAUCAUUGCAAGAUGUACCGCCAUGUCUAUUCAUUGUAGCAGAACUUGAUGCUCUUCGAGAUGGAAGCUUAGAAUAUCAAAAACUACUUGAAAAAGCCGGUGUUCAAACGAAACUAUUAGUUGUAAAAGGUGUUAUUCAUGGGUAUUUUAGUUUACCUGGAAUUUUUCCACAAGCGGUUGCAGAAUCAAUUAAUACUAUUCAAGAUUUUAUGGCAUCUAUUUAA